AUGGCUGAGGAUCAACUGGAACUUGACCAACUCACAAACCCUGAAUUCAAUACGGAGGCUUUCGUGGUUUACCCGCAAGGGAUCGAUAUGAAAUGGCAAGGCGUCCCGGGUAUUACCACAAAUGAUAUCAAAUUUACGCACGAUAUACUGGACGAAGUUCUUUCGCAGUACUGCAUCGAUACAGAACGAAUUUGGACAACUGGAAAGUCAGAUGGCGGAGGAUUUUGUAACCUUCUCGCCUGCGAUGCUGAAAUGUCUAGCCGUAUCGCAGCCUUUGCUCCAGUCUCGGGGGCAUAUUACGUCGACACAUUACCCUGGAUAUCCCUUUCCCUCGCGUUCCACGGUGGGAACGAUACAACUAUCUCAUACUCGGGUGGCGAACGGAAAAACGCGUGUCUACCAGCUAUUCCACAUUUUAUCCAGGAAUGGGCGGCGCGAGACUUGUUGGAUAACCGACGCAACAGAACAUUGCCAGUCGCAUCAAAUGCAGUCUUGUACUCUUUCGGAUUUCGCGGAACGAGUUUGUGUAAAAUGUCAGCCGUUCAAAAUGCAAGUGGCCUCGAGCCUCGCUUCUCUCUUCCGGCAACCACGCCCCGCUCAAGCAAAACGGAGCUAGCCAUUGGCGGGUUGAAACUCUAUGUAUACGGACUAGAUGAGAUUAACUCAAAUCCACCGGAGGGCCUCUCUGGCGAAGUCGCAGUUUUAUAUAUGGCACACAACCGGACCAGGACCUACCGUGUCAUGGAAGACAUGGCCCAUGAGAUCUUACAUCGGUAUCGGACCGACACAAGAAAGGGCGAAUCGGUCGGGCUCAUUGCCGUCACAAUGAAUAUGAGAAAUCAUGGAGAUCGCGAGGUCGAUCCCGGUGCCAAUCGAACUUGGAAAGACGGCAACGAGAAUCAUGCCAUGGACAUAGUUUCCAUGAUCGCUGGAUCAGCACAAGAUUUCAAGCUGGUACUUGAUUAUCUUCCUGCUUAUCUACCCCAAUUUAACCGAUUCUACAACAUCAUGUACGGAGUGUCAUUAGGUGGCCACACUGCUUGGCGCAUUGCCUCCUUGAUCGCUCCAGGCCAAUUCCAUGGAUACGCAAUGAUAGUCGGCUGUCCGAGUCUUUCCACUUUACUUUUGAAUCGUCUCGGAAUCGACCCGACCGCCGUAAAUGGCGAUGAGACUCUCGACUACGAAAAGCUUAAACAACUCAUGAACUCGAAGCAGCAACGACGAUGGCCCGAGCCCUUGGCUAAAAUCGUCCAUCAAGACGACCAGAAAGUUUCAAAUGAAUUCCCGACCGACGUACCUUUGUUUCUAUGCAAUGGAUUGCAUGACAAGCUAGUACCAGCCAGAUAUACGAAUACAUGGGUUGAAGCUAGACGGCAAAGCCCCGAAGGGUCCAAGCAGGAUAUCAAAUUCUUUGUACAAGAAAAUACAGGCCAUAGCUGUACCAAAGAGAUGAUUGCAAUGAUGGCAGUUUGGUUGCGGGAUAUUCUUCCUAGCACUACUGGGCCAUCGCUGUGA